AUGCGUUCCUUUACCUCCGUCCUCCUUUUGGCAAUUGCCAUCACAUCAGUGCUCGGCCAUCCGGCUGACUUGCAAGCUGAGCGAGAUCGAUUAUCAUCCGUCUCCUCACAGCACGUUGAGCGAGAAAGGCUUGUACAGAGAUCAACAAGCCGCAAAUACAGCCCAGCCGAUUCUAAUCCCUACGCCGACUGGCCUUCCUACUCCCAGCUCCCACUCGACUCGUCCUACCCAACCAAAGCAGGAUGGGGGGUCUGGGGUGCCGACGACGUAGACGGAGCUUUGAACCACAUCACCAACGCCACAAUCCUCUCCGCCCGCUCCGAGAUACAGCUAGGAGAGACCUUCAACCUCAACUUACCGCUCGAGGAGCCUAGCAUCCCGAUCAAUCCCUCCCGCAAACCACUGCAACAUCUCUUCCAGCCCGAGUCAGGGUACACGGAUGAUGUCGUGGUAAUGAACACGCAAAUCUCCACGCAAUACGACAGCCUCCGGCACUUCCCGUAUUCGACCAACACCAGCAUUGAUACAUACCGAUGGUAUAACGACCUGAUCCCCUCAUACGAGGAUGUGAUAGGCCCAGCUCCAACGACCGUGUUAGGAAUCCAGCAAGCAGCGGACAAAGCCAUCGUCGCCCGCGGCGUUCUCCUCGACUUUGAAGGCUGGGCAGCGACUCAAAACUUGACGCAUGAUAUGCUCCAUACCAACUACAGCAUCACCUCCUCUCAACUCGACUCAGUCGCUGCGUGGGAGGGUAUGCCUUCUGACUGGGCCAAACCAGGCGAUAUUCUGUUCAUCCGGACCGGCUGGCUGGCGCAGUUCUUGGCCCUGGACGCUUACGACCAGAAUAUUCUGCCGUAUAGCAAAGAGGCACCGAGCGGUGGGAUGUUGGCGAGCGCUGAAACGUUGGAGUGGAUGUGGGAGAAGAAGAUUGCCAUGGUUGCUGCUGAUAAUCCGGCUUUUGAGAGUACGCCGUUCUCGCAGACUAUUGAUGGGGUGCCGAGGAGUUUGCAUCAGGUGUUCAUUGGUGGCUGGGGAAUGUCCAUACUCGAGUUCAUCGAUAUGGAAAAGUUGGCCCCUGCUUUGCACAGUUUGGGGCGAUCGAGCUUCUUCGUGACGGUGUGUCCGAUGAAUAUCGUGAGCGGGAUCGCGAGCCCGCCCAAUGCUAUUGCUAUCAUAUGA